UUCGACUUGCACGACUCUUCACAACAACCUCACACGCACUUAACAUGCCCCUCGUAGUCCCCGGCCUCAUGUCCAACGAAGGCAGCUCCGCAGGCGGCGACUGGCUGAGCAAGCUCGCGGGCAAGAAGAUUGGCGAGCAGCACAACGAGACCACUUUCGCAAAGACCGAUCUCCCCAAGGAGCACCGCAUUCUGAAGCCGGACAGCAUGAAGACGAUGGACUUUAAGCCGGAUAGGGUCAAUAUUCAUGUCGAUGAUGAUGGCACGGUUAAGAGCAUCAGCCAGGGAUAG